CAUCCAGUCAUAUGACUGCCGUCUGGAAGAAAUAAGGAAGUGACAGCAGUCUGCAAUCACUGAGAGGGAGAGAUGGCGCUGGUUCUGCUGUCUUGUUUGCUGCUUGGAUCAGUGUUGGUGGAAGGGGCGCCAUCAGGAGAUGAGAUUGUAUACAUGCCUGGUCUUGCCAAGCAGCCAUCGUUCCAGCAGUAUUCAGGAUUUCUGACUGUGCCAGGGGGUAAACAUCUUCAUUACUGGUUUGUGGAGUCCGAGGCGGACCCCAAUUCUGUACCCCUUGUCUUGUGGCUAAAUGGAGGUCCGGGAUGCAGCUCAUUGGAUGGACUUCUAACUGAACAUGGCCCUUUCUUGAUCCAGCCAGAUGGUUCAACAUUAGAAUACAAUCCCUAUUCCUGGAACAAGAUUGCCAAUGUUCUGUACUUGGAGUCCCCAGCUGGUGUUGGUUUCUCUUAUUCUGAUGAUAAAAAUUAUAAAACAAAUGACACAGAGGUUGCUCACAAUAACUAUCUGGCUCUGAAGGAAUUUUUCCGCCUCUUUCCAGAAUUUAGUAAAAAUGAUUUUUACAUCACGGGGGAGAGCUAUGCAGGGGUGUAUGUCCCAUCUCUGGCUGUAGAGGUAUCACAGGAUCCUGCAAUAAAUCUGAAGGGAAUUGCGGUGGGCAAUGGUCUAAGCAGCUAUGAAACCAAUGACAACUCACUGAUUUUCUUUGCUUACUACCAUGGUAUCCUGGGCAGCCAGCUCUGGGCCUCACUUCAAAAAUUCUGCUGUCCCGGUGGAAAUUGUGAAUUCUACAAUAAUCCUGAUAUGAACUGUUCCAUCCGUGUACAGGAAGCCAUGCAUGAUGUGUACAGCACAGGACUUAACAUAUACAAUCUGUAUGAAGCGUGCGCUGGGGGUGCUCCAGGGGAGGUUAGGGACAAUGGAGAUCACAUUAUGGUUUACCAUCCUGCAAUGCUUUCUCCCAAAGUGUCUCCACAUUGGAACCGGAAGUUGGCAGCUCUGUCACUUGUCCAGAAGCCUGUCCACAUGGAUCCUCCCUGUAUAAACAGCACAGCUUCUUUUACAUUCCUGAAUAACGCCUAUGUGAGGAAAGCUCUGAACAUACCUACUGAGGUUCAGCAAUGGGAGGUCUGCAGCUUUGAUGUUUAUCAAGGAUAUGGGCGUGUAUACCAGACUAUGAAAGACCACUACCUAAAGCUGCUGAAUACUAUGAAAUACCGUGUCCUGGUGUAUAAUGGCGAUGUGGAUAUGGCAUGUAACUUCUUGGGAGACCAGUGGUUUGUUGAUUCUCUAGAACAGAAGUUGCAAGUCCAACGUCGGCCAUGGAUGUACAACGAUGGAGACCAACAGCAGAUUGGCGGCUUUGUGAAGGAAUUUUCUAACUUGACCUUCCUCACUAUUAAGGGAGCUGGUCACAUGGUGCCAACAGACAAACCCAUUGCUGCCUUCAUAAUGAUCAGCCGUUACCUAAAGAAUGAGCCCUUCUAGCCCGGUCCGUCAUCUCUUGGACUGCACAAUAUUCGGGGAUAUAUGAAGCCGUUCUCCUGGAGAGAUUUUUGGUUCAUUGCUUAUUGGACCCUCCUCAAUUUAUGGUCGAAUGUCCCUAUGGGGCACUGCAUUCUGCUUCAGCUGGAUUUUAAAAAGCAACAAUGUGACAGGAAAACUUUCUCUUAAAAACUAGUUCCCUAGCUUGAUUCUGUUUUAAUGUUUGCAGCUAUUUGAAUCAGUGGGUUAAUAGUCUAUUCAGCUACAGGUCUCACUCGGGGCUGCUUCCACAACUGUUAGAUCAUGAUCUGUCACACAAGGUUAUCUACAGCACCAGGGUUCUUAUCAGUGGUGUGGACUAAUUUCUGCAGUACUCGAGCUGCGAAAUGUUUUUGUAUUUUAGGGAGGGGAUAAAAUGAUCACACUUAACUUUCUGUUUAAAAUUAAAAAGAAAUCUGAUGUUAAAAUUGUGAAACUGGUCUAAAAUAAAAUUAGUGGGUUUUUUUU